AUGGAAAGAAUAGUUCAUUUGGAUUUUAAAGGUGCACCACUGAAAUAUUUAUAUUUAGAGAAGGUUUUCAGGUGUAUAAAAGAUUGGGGUGGUACUGGGGUACUAAUAGAGUGGGAAGACACUUUUCCCUUUUCCUUCGAUUUGGUGGACUUUGGCAGUGCAAAGAAUUGUGGAGGAGACGACUUGUAUUCUUUACAACAAAUACAAGACAUAAUACAAUGUGCAAAAGCCAAUGGACUACAAGUGAUUCAAUUGAUACAAACUAUAGCUCACUUAGAGUACAUCUUAAAACAUCCAUUAUGUGAGCAUCUUAGAGAAUCUCCGAGGUCCCCAGCUGUUCUGUGCCCAACUAAGCAGGAGUCUUUAAAUCUGGUUCUAAAAUUAGUACAACAAGUAUUAGAUGUUCAACCAGAUGCCAAAUAUAUCCAUAUUGGAGCAGAUGAGGUAUGGCACACAGCAGUAUGCUCAGAUUGUCAACACAAAGCAUCGACACACAAGUAUAAAGUCGCCUCCUUAUUUCUAGAUCACAUACGAGAAGUCAUAUUAUAUAUUAAACAAUGUAGGCCUGAUGUCACAAUAUUAAUGUGGGAUGAUAUGUUAAGGCCUAUGUCUGUUGAAACACUACAAGCCUACAAUCUCAGAGAUUUAGUACAACCUGUUAUUUGGAACUAUAGCACAAUGGAACAUUUUCAAAUAGACAAACCUCUGUGGGACAAGUACGACAAGAUAUUUACAAAUUUCUGGGCUGGAUCUGCUUUCAAAGGUGCAAAUGGAAGUAGUCAGAUGCUCUCACCUGUAGGUCGCUACGUGAGUAAUCAGGAAGCGUGGCGAAGGGAAAUAUCUAGGAAACCUAAUGGCAUCACAUACAAUGGAGUGAUUCUUACUGGAUGGUCCAGGUACGACCAUUACGCUACGCUAUGUGAGUUAUUUCCGGUUUCUUUGCCGAGUCUUCAUAGCUGUUUAAGGGUAUGGAGUAGGUUAGACUGCGCUGACAAUGAAACAUUCAGCGAAGUGUUACCAGAAGAGCAGUGGCCUGGUAUUGAAGUGGCUCGCUGUAUACAUUCUUUUGUCAUGUUGAGAGAGCGAUGCUACUCCCUACUUCAUGGCGACCUUGUUGCGACAUGGUUGAACCCGUGGCAAAUAAAAACAGCGUACACAAGUCCUGUACAAGUAGAGAGUGUGGCAAAUGCAUCUCAAACGCUUCUCACGGAUCUGAAAGGGUUAUACACGGAAACAAAGAAACAUUUGGACCAGAUAACUGGCAGACGAAGUACAGAGGAGUGGAUCGCAAGUUUCUUUGAUACGAUACUCAAAAAUAUAGAGGAAUUGCACAGAGUCGCCAGCAUACGGAGGCAGAUUGGGGCCAGUGUGAAACCUAUUUGA